GCCCCUGCUGCCACUUAAAGGCUCUGAGAGCCGCAGCCGUCGGGUCGCCGCGGCUUUCGCUUUGCUGCGGCGGCUGGGCGGGCGGGAGCAGCGGGCUCGGUUGCCGGCUCCACUCGCGUCCCAUCUCCAGCAGCACCAAGGGGCGCUGCUUGUGCCGCCUUCCCGGCUCCGAAAUUCCCUUCCGAGCCUGCGUCCCCGGGCUCCCCGCCUCAGCCACCCUGCGGCACCGAUGCCGAGGCAUGGAUAGAGCGGCACGGCGUGCGGCGGCAAUGGGAGAGAAGGAAGGCAGCGGCGGGGGGGUCGCGGCGGCCGCGGAGAGGGGCGCCGGAGCCGCGGCAAGCAGGGCGCUGCAGCAGUGCGGGCAGCUCCAGAAGCUCAUCGAUAUCUCCAUCGGCAGCCUGCGCGGGCUGCGCACGAAGUGCGCGGUGUCCAACGACCUCACCCAGCAGGAGAUCCGGACCCUGGAGGCGAAGCUGGUCCGGUACAUUUGCAAGCAACGGCAGUGCAAGCUGAGUGUGGCUCCUGGUGAGAGGACCUCAGAGCUCAACAGCUACCCUCGCUUCAGUGACUGGCUGUAUACCUUCAAUGUGCGGCCAGAGGUGGUACAGGAGAUCCUCCGAGAGCUCACUCUGGAUGCCCUGCUGGACAUGAACGAGGCCAAGGUGAAGGAGACGCUGCGGCGCUGUGGGGCCAGUGCGGAGGAGUGCGGCCGCCUGCAGUACGCCCUCACCUGCCUGCGGAAGGUGACAGGCCUGGGAGGGGAACACAAGGAGGACUCGGGCUGGAGUUCGGUGGACGCCCGGCGGGAAAGUGGCUCAGGGCCUCUGGCGGAUACCCUCUCACCGGCCUGCCUGCCCUGGGCCCCGGGGAGCUCCCAGCUGGGCAGGAUGGGCAGCAGUGCCCAGGGCCCACGCUCCGUCUCCGUGUCGGCCCUGCCCACCUCGGACUUCCCGACCCCUGGCCCCAGCGAGGGCCUCACGGACACCUGUGUCCCCCUGCAUGCCAGUGGCCGGCUGACCCCCCGUGCCCUGCACAGCUUCAUCACCCCCCCGACCACGCCCCAGCUGCGCCGGCACACCAAGCUGAAGCCGCCGAGGACGCCGCCCCCCCCUAGCCGCAAGGUCUUUCAGCUGCUGCCCAGCUUCCCCACGCUCACCCGGAGCAAGUCCCACGAGUCUCAGCUGGGGAACCGCAUCGAUGAGGUCUCCGCACUGAGGUUCGAUCUCCCGCACGGAUCCCCACAGAUGGUACGGAGGGACAUCGGGCUCUCGGUGACACACAGGUUCUCCACCAAGUCCUGGCUGUCGCAGGUCUGCCACGUGUGCCAGAAGAACAUGAUGUUCGGGGUGAAGUGCAAGCACUGCAGGUUGAAGUGCCACAACAAGUGCACGAAGGAGGCCCCCGCCUGCCGGAUCUCCUUCCUUCCAAUAGCCGGGAUUCGGAGGACAGAAUCUGUCCCUUCGGACAUCAACAACCCGGUGGACAGAGCAGCCGAACCCCACUUUGGAACCCUCCCCAAAGCACUGACAAAGAAGGAGCACCCUCCAGCCACGAACCACCUGGACUCCAGCAGCAACCCGUCGUCCACCACGUCCUCCACGCCCUCCUCGCCCGCUCCCUUCCCAAGCUCAUCCAACCCGCCCAGCGCCACCACGCCCCCCAACCCCUCGCCCGGCCAGCGGGACAGCAGGUUCAACUUCCCAGCUGCCUACUUCAUUCAUCAUAGACAGCAGUUUAUCUUUCCAGACAUUUCAGCGUUUCCACCGGCAGCCCCACUCCCUGACGCAGCAGACAGUACCCGGCUCGACGACCAGCCAAAAGCAGACGCAUUGGAGGAUCGUGAAGUGGAGGCUGAGGAGCCGGAGGCUGGCAAGUCGGAGGCAGAGGACGAUGAGGACGAGGUGGACGACCUGCCCAGCCCCCGCCGGCCCUGGCGGGGCCCCAUCUCACGCAAGGCCAGCCAGACCAGCGUGUACCUGCAGGAGUGGGACAUCCCCUUCGAGCAGGUGGAGCUGGGCGAGCCCAUCGGCCAGGGCCGCUGGGGCCGCGUGCACCGCGGCCGCUGGCACGGCGAGGUGGCCAUCCGCCUGCUGGAGAUGGACGGCCACAACCAGGACCACCUGAAGCUGUUCAAGAAGGAGGUGAUGAACUACCGGCAGACGAGGCAUGAGAACGUGGUGCUCUUCAUGGGCGCCUGCAUGAACCCGCCCCACCUGGCCAUCAUCACCAGCUUCUGCAAGGGGCGGACGCUACACUCGUUUGUGAGGGACCCCAAGAUCUCUCUGGACAUCAACAAGACCAGGCAGAUCGCCCAGGAGAUCAUCAAGGGCAUGGGAUAUCUGCACGCCAAGGGCAUCGUGCACAAAGAUCUCAAAUCCAAGAAUGUCUUCUACGAUAAUGGCAAAGUGGUCAUCACGGACUUCGGGCUGUUCGGGAUGUCGGGCGUGGUCCGGGAGGGACGGCGUGAGAACCAGCUGAAGCUGUCACAUGACUGGCUGUGCUACUUGGCUCCUGAGAUCGUUCGUGAGAUGACCCCCGGGAAGGAUGAGGAUCAGCUGCCAUUCUCCAAAGCUGCUGACGUCUAUGCGUUCGGGACUGUCUGGUAUGAGCUGCAGGCAAGAGACUGGCCCUUUAAGAACCAACCUGCAGAGGCCCUGAUCUGGCAGAUUGGAAGUGGAGAGGGAAUGAAGCGUGUCCUGGCCUCUGUCAGCCUGGGGAAGGAAGUCACUGAGAUCCUGUCUGCCUGCUGGGCUUUUGAGCUGCAGGAGAGGCCCAGCUUCACGCUGCUAAUGGACAUGCUGGAGAAACUGCCCAAGCUGAACCGGCGGCUCUCCCAUCCCGGGCAUUUCUGGAAGUCUGCUGAGUUGUAGGCCUGGCUGCCUCGCAUGUGCCUGGGGCUUUCUUCCUCCUAAUUGGCACUCGGCACCGCGACUUCUGCUCAAACGCAAACUGAGAUGUGGGCACUAACCCAGGGGACGCCACCUCUGCUGCUCCAGCCUUCUCUCCUGAGACUUCUUUCGCUUUGUUUGUUUUUAAAACUGGCCCCUCCCUCUCCACGGCCUGUGUGUGCCUGAAUAACUGACCUCCAUGGAAGAUCCCCUAACAAAUCUCCCCAGAACCACCUCCUUGGACCUGACUUCGUCCUCUCUAGCCGUUCCUCUGCGGGGUGGUAUCGUUUUUUGUUUGGGUGCUCCUGUCUCCCUACUAACAGCUCAGUGAGAUCUGUUCCCUCUUCCCACCCCCCUGCCAACUGGCACGUCGGCCUCCUGGUGGCUGGGUUCAAAGUAUGGGGGAGGGGGCGAGGUUUGCUUGGCUGUUAACCCGUAGGGAUCUUGUCCAACAAGGAGUGGGAUGAUUUCAGAGCUGCGCAGGGCCAGUCCCCUCUGCAGGGCUGGCGGUGUGGACACCGUAAGGUUGGUUCCCAUAGGAGACACCAGCGUGGAAGUGUACUCAGCAGCACACUCAGGAAUGUGGUCCUAAAGCAAGGGGUGGCCUGUCCCCAAUUUCACCAAUAAAACAAAGCUCUUGCCCCUUCCUACCCUCAUCGUUACCUCCCUUUACAUCUGCCCAGUGCACGUGGAAAGUACCAGACCCCAAGUCAGCGUUCAGCAGGAGUGUGGCUGACAGGCACGCACAGAGUCACGGAAGCGGUUACCAAAUGCAGAUUCCCAGGGCCCGGAAACCUGAAUCCGGGUCUCUGAAGGCAGGCCCCGGCAACCCACACUUCAGCCUGCCUCCCAGGUGGCCCGGUGCACUCCAGUGCAGGAGGACCGCGUCUAAAAGGGACAUGUGAUGUCUCCGUCAGCUCUGGGGGUCAGGUUUCUCCUCUCUCCCAGUUCCUCCUGGAGCUAGAGCUUCCCUGGGCUGCAAAGGAGGCUGCAGUGCAGGCGAGCCCACAGCAGUUCCCGAGUGUGCCGGGUGCUGGGGAUUCCGAGACACACAAGCCCUGGCCUCCAGGAGGAGGGGGCAGCCAGGCGUGACCGGGGCAGCUUGGCGGUGGAAUCAUCCUCACUUCUUGGUGGGCCGGGCCCUCUGCUGAGCUUCUGGCACUGGCCCAGUCCUUCGCUAGUGUCCCCCCAGUGCUGACGAAGACCAGCAGGGCUGUAACCCUUGUCUCUGUUCCUCUCUGCAGCAUUAAUAGCAGCAAAGUGGUGCCCCGGUUUGAAAGGUUUGGCCUGGGCGUCCUGGAGUCCAGCAACCCAAAGAUGUAGCCGUCUGUGCAGUUUUUCCACGGUUUCUUUUUCCUUCAGUGUGUUUCUCAAACACCCAAAGCACUGCCACAAAAGGCAGCAAGCACUCUGCGCAGCGGCAGCCUCUCUCUGAAGCGCUGCAGGACGGGAGCGAGAGUCCUCCGUUCAGACCGUUCGUUCACAAAAAACACUUUGGUCCGGGAGAUGGAGCCGUGCCUGCUGUCCUUAAAAUGACAUCACCGACAACCAGACCUGUCCCGACAGGCAGCAAAUGUUUACAUGUGUGUUUCUGCGGAGUGAACGCGCUGUGUUACAAUAGGUAAUAAUAAAGACCGGCUGUGCAGAGGUGUGCGGGCACCGUCGGCCGGGGCCAUGGAAGUGGCCGUCCUGGAGAGCCCUGCGGGCGGUGAGCCCGAGCUGGGCCAGAAGGAAGAGGUGCGUCGUGACCGUGGAUGUUCUCGGGGCGGGACGGGGGACCACAGGCUCGGGCCUGGCCGCUGCUCUGGCCCCACACCCCAUCAUUGGGGAGCCUCCCUCUGCAGGGGUCGCCCCUCGCCCUGACAAGAGGCCUCUCCUCUGGCACAGCAGGCCCUGGCUGGGAGCCAAGCUAAAUUAUGAGGGUCACCAGAUCCCAGAGAGCGGGGGUUCACCUCUGACCCCUACAGUUCAGCGCAUACAAGCUGGAAACUUAGAGACAGAUAAAACCCAAGUGACAUUUACACUGACCACAGGUUCCUAACUGGGGUUUCCAUCGUCUGUAGAGAUGUUUCCUCCAGGAAUCCCCCAGGAAGGCACCAAGGAAACGCCUCCGCUUUUUGACACGUCCCAGCCCCUGACUGACAUGUGACCCCAGAGCCAAGGCGGUGUGUGCCGUGAAGGCGCCGUGAGAACAAGGCAGGUGUGGGGGAGGCAGCCGCAGCAGCCACCCUCCCAACCCCAGGGUGGCCUGGCUGGCCCCUUAGAAACCCAGGGCUCCAGACCUGCCCACCUCUCCCACUCCCCCAAUCCCGCUGAAGCCCCUCAGCCCAGGCCUGGCUCCUCCCAUCCAUGUCCGGAGCUAAGAAGGGAGCAUGUGUCCCUACUUUCAUUCAGAGCCACCUAGUGAGCCCCGCAGUCUUCAGAGCCUUCCCAAGGCCUGCUCACCAGGCCUCUGCUUGAACCGGAAGGAAGGAAGGGAGGGCUCCAUUUGGGGAAGUCCGUGAUGGGAGAGCACCUGGCCUGUCUUCACUAGGAGCUGUUGCCUGAAGAGAGAAGUUCCAAAUGGCGAAGAAGCCCUUCGGUGGGCAUUAGAUCCUCAGGCUCGGAUUCCAGAAGUGAACAAAGGGGAGGAGAGUGGCCAGGUGGUCGGAUUCGGACCCAGAACAGGUGUCCAUGCUCUGAGCCCAGAUGGGGAGGCAUGUGGUCCCUUUCAUGUAGACGCACCUAGCAGAGCUCCUGGAGUCUGCCCGAAACAUCCCGAAAUGGGCCGCUGCCCAGGACCUGUGAGCUGUGUUCCCCUCCCUGGGCCACCAUCCCUUGGGUGUGACAGCACAACUAUGAGGCAGCACAGCUAUGAAGACCCUGAGGGACCCAGGGUCCUGCUGUCCAUCAGCACGCCAGACACACGCGCCCUCCCUCCUCGGUGUGCAGAGAGUUAGACGAGAAAACCAAUGGGUUUGGUUCAUGGGGUUCUGUUUUCUGUGGGACCCUCCGUUUCUGCCCUCCAUGCCUUCAGCCUCCGCCGUCAGCCCUCUGCACGAUCACCCCCACCCAGAGCCACCUCGUGUGUCUGCUGCCUAUGAGUCUUGCCCUCUGAACCCGUGGCCAUGCUGGGGAGCCCAGGGCUUGGACGGCAGCUGAGCAGGUCAGGCUCCACGCCUCCCCAGCCCUGACUUGCAGCUCACGAAAGUCAGUCCGAGCUUUUUUUUUUCUCGUGAGUCUCACACUUGGGGGUCAGUUCAAGAAGCUUUCAUCAGGCACCUAUCGUAUCUUGUGCAAGGGCUGGGGGCCUGAGGUAGGAGCGGCCACAGUCCCCACCUUUAGGGAACUGAUGAUCUAUCAGGAACCCCAAGAGUGUAGCUGAGUGCCUGGGGUCACCCCCUUCCUCUCCAAGGCCUUGGGCAGCCUCUUGGCCUGAGCCCUCCCUGUCCUUUACAAGAAGCAUCUGAGGAAACCCCCCCGGGGCCCCCUACUCCCUCUCUAGUUGACUGUGAAUGAGGUUAGGAAGACAUGCUUGCCCUUUCGUGUGCUCUCCCCGUCUGCCUUGGAAACACAUGAAGGACGGCAGAUACUGUGAAUUCAGCUUGCAUGGCCAGCUGUGAAGGGGAAGCUGGGAGGAUCUCCGUGGUGAGAGCUCUGGGGGUGCAGAGGCCCCCCUCCGGGGUCUGAGAGUGCAGCCUGCACUUUGCCCCUUCAGGGCCCCCCAGUUCCCAGCCUCACCUCCAAACUCUAGGGCCUGUCCCUGCUGCCUUUAGCCACCAGAGUUGCAGCCAUUGGGUCUCCAUCCAACUUGAGGUCUUGAAUCCUAGCGAGGUACCUGUUAUGAGAAGUGGGUAGCAACUCUGACCCCUCCGUGUCACCAAAUGAAAGAUGUUUGCAGGGCCCUGAAGUCUCUCUGCCCCUCCUGGCAUUUCUUGUGAUCUCAGAGCCGGGUGGGAUGCCCUGCGAGUCUCUGUUCUGUAUUGAUUUCGGGGCCAGGUGGAGACAUGGAUGUGAAACCCAAUAGGGAGCUUGUGGGGUUCUGCACCGUUCGCCAGGAUUUCGUCAGUGUGUGCAAACCCCGCAUCUCUGUGGCCACAAGGCACACACUUUUGUUUUUGAAUGUGAUGUAAAAUUUGUACAGUAAAAGUUUUUAUAUUUUCUAUCAACUGCAUUUGUCUUCCAGAAAUGCUAUUAAUUUAAAUUAAAAUGAUUAGUAUUAACGGACGUGCUGUAUCACUUUUUGCCACUGGCAAGAACAUACUCUGCCGGGCUAAGCCUGGGGAUCUGGAGUUUGAAUAAAAAUAUACCAAGGUG